AUGAUGCGCAAUCUGAUGGUGCUCCUUGUGGUGGGCGCUUUGGCCGACAAGGCCGAGCAAGCCGACAAGCCACAGGCAGAGGCAGUCGAGGCAGCCGAGCAGGGUGAAUUGAGUGCUGGCCCUGGCGAGAACAGCUCCUGGAACUUUGUCUAUUGCAACUGCGGCCUCUCAUGUGUGAAGCAAGUGGACAACUGGUACAUCUUCAACUUGGGCCAAGCCUGUGCCUGCAAUGCCUGCCCCGAAACCAACUCAACAGAGGCAAAGCUGCGAGGCGCAAAAGCGGUCCCGUCCUCUCCGUCCUCUCCGCCCGUUCCGUCCGCUCAGUCCAAGAUGGCUUCGCUGGAAGCUGUGCCUUCGACAAAGAGCGCACCGACCGGGAGCAAAGCAAAGACCUGGGACGGCGCCACCAUGCCGGGCAGCAACCUCUUGUACUGCCAGUGCGGCAAGCAGUGCGUGGAUGGACGAAUGCUUGGCCUUUACACCUACUAUUGCUUUCGCUAUGGUUGCAAAGCCUGCUGA